GAGAGAGAGAGGGAGAUGGAGGAGUGAGUCUGGAAGUGUGUGGUAAUGUGGUGGAGGGGGCAGAGAAGAGUGCAGGGGCAGCGACCCAGCCUCAUCACAGAGUCAGGACCGACCAGGACACCCAGCCUCGUCACAGAGACAUGGGGGUCAGGACUGACCAGGACACCCAGCCUCAUCACAGAGACAUGGGGGUCAGGACUGACCAGAACACCCAGCCUCAUCACAGAGACAUGGGGGUCAGGACUGACCAGGACACCCAGCCUCAUCACAGAGACAUGGGGGUCAGGACUGACCAGGACACCCAGCCUCAUCACAGAGACAUGGGGGUCAGGACUGACCAGAACACCCAGCCUCAUCACAGAGACAUGGGGGUCAGGACUGACCAGGACACCCAGCCUCAUCACAGAGACAUGGGGGUCAGGACUGACCAGAACACCCAGCCUCAUCACAGAGACAUGGGGGUCAGGACUGACCAGGACACCCAGCCUCAUCACAGAGACAUGGGGGUCAAGACUGACCAGGACACCCAGCCUCAUCACAGAGUCAGGACUGACCAGGACACCCAACCUCAUCACAGAGUCAGGACUGACCAGGACACCCAGCCUCAUCACAGAGUCAGGACUGACCAGGACACCCAGCCUCAUCACAGAGUCAGGACUGACCAGGACACCCAGCCUCAUCACAGGGACAUGAGGGUCAGGACCGACCAGGAGAUCAACCCCCCCAAGAUCCUGCCUGUGUCUGGGAAACUGGAGCAGAACAACUCUGGGCUCGUUCGCCCGUCGGCCUUCAAGCCGGUGGUCCCCAAGAGCUUCCACUCUAUGCAGAACCUGGUGGGCCAGAUGGGGGGGGAGGGCAGGGGGGAGGGGGGGAGGCCCGCGGGGGGGCGCAGGGAGGGAGGAGGAGAGGAGAUGCCUGAGGCCUUGCUCCUGGACCAGGAGAGCCCUGUGAGGGGGCGGCAGGCGGAGGGAGGCGGGGGGAACGAGGCUGGGGGCCCCCAGGGAGGCAUGUCCGACUCCCUGACCAGCCUGCCCACUUACGCUGCCUCAGGGUCCGGGCCCCCGGCCCCCCUAGCCCCCCUGGCCCUUCUCAGCGCCUCCACCAGCCACAUCAACAGGCUGGGCACCCAGGCAGCACCUCAUGUCCUGGAGAGGCUGGGCUACCACCUGGACACACCUGGAUACCAGAACGGUGCCUCGGACAGUGGCCACUCCUCCUCGGGGAAAAGCUCCUCAUCCAAUCAGAGGCUGAGCCACCUGGGCGAUGCCCCCGCUCCCCUCCGCCCCUCCCCUUCCUCUGAUGACAUCAUCCAGGACCUGGAGGACAGACUGUGGGAGAAGGAGCAGGAGGUGCUCCACAUGCGUCGUAACCUGGACCAGAGUGAGGCAGCCAUCGUCCAGGUGUUUGAGGAGAAGCAGCGGGUGUGGGAGCGCCAGAUGGAAGAGCUACGACAGAACUAUGCCUCCCGCCUGCAGCAGGUGACACGGCGCGCCCAGCGCUCCCAGAAUGCACUGCAGGCCCAGAUCACGCGUCUGUCGCAGGACAAGCGACGGCUGCAGGAAGAGAUGGCCGCUCUGCUCGCCCAGAGAGAGGAGCUGGAGAGGAAGUGUUUGGAUUACAGGAAGGAGCAGGCUGACAUCCUGCCCCGCCUGGAGGAGACCAAGUGGGAGGUGUGCCAGAAGGCUGGGGAGAUCUCCCUGCUGAAGCAGCAGCUGCGUGACAGCCAGGCGGAGGCCAGCCAGCGGGCAGGGGACAUGGUGGGGCUGCGGGGGCAGCUGAAGGAGCUGCAGGGCCGGCUGAGGGAGCGGGAGGAGGACCUGCUGGGCCUCAAGGACUCCUGCAGCGCCCGCGGCCUGCAGCUGGAGCGCUGCCAGGGAGAGCUGAGGAGGACUCUGAAGGAGGUGAUCCUCCUCAGGGAGAAGCUGGGCGUGUUCGAGGCUGAGGUUCUGGGGCUGAAGAGGGCUCUGGGGGAGCUGGGGGGCGGGGUUGACCCCGUCAUGACCCCGACCCUGGUGACGAUGGGGUUCAUCCAACCCUGGGGUCUCCACUGCCCCCGCAACCCCUCCGAGGCGGCCCCCGCACCCCUCGGCUCCGACGCCCUGCUCAGCCUCCAGAGCGAUGAGGCCAAGGCCCAGAGGCAGGAGGCCCAGAGGCAGGAGGCCCAGAGGCAGGAGAGGCAGCAGUGUGAGGAGGCCCAGUGGCGUGAGGCGCAGCAGCGCCAAGAGACCCACCUGCGCCAGGAGGCCCACCUGGGCCAGGAGGCCCACCUGCGCCAGGAGCCCCACCUGCGCCAGGAGGCCCAGUGGGAGGAAAAACCAGAUCUGCGCAGGCAGCUGGAGCAGCUCCAGGGUGCUCUGCACCAGGAGAGGCAGCAGAGGGAACGCCAGGCGCUGAACUUCCACCAGGAGCGACACACCUGGCAGGACGAGAAAGAGCGAGUGCUGAAGUACCAGGCGCAGCUGCAGAUCAGCUACGUGGAGACGCUGCAGAAGAACCAGGUGUUGGAGAAGCAGGUUGGACAGCUAGGGUCCAAGAUGGCCACCCCCCCUUCCUCUUUCAGCUCCCCCCCACCUCCCCCUGCCCUGUCCCCACUCCUCCCCCUGCCUGCCGCUUCACUCCCUGCCCCCAUCGCCCUCACCCUCUCCCCCCCCUGCGAGGAGCAGAAGGGUGCCCCUGCCCUGCACCAGCUGGUGCCCCCCUGGGCCGGACCGUCCCGUCUGGAGAGAAUCGAGUCCACAGAGAUCUAGUCCACUAGGGAUCUAGUCCACUAAGAUUCUAGUCCACUAGGGAUCUAGUCCACCAGGGAUCUAGUCCUCUAGGGAUCUAGUCACCUAGGGAUCUAGUCCACUGGAGAUGUACUCCACCAAACCUGACAUCCACCACAGGCUUCAGACUGACUGUUCAACGUGAUUCAGUGCUCUACAAUUAAACACUUAGAAAACUUCACCUGCAUAGCAACCGAACAAACUGCACCUGCAUAGCAACCUAACAAACUGAACCGUAGAUACGAGCCUCCAGCAGCUUCGCUACCAGAACGUCAGAUAUAUCUAAGCAAGGCAGGCUGACUCGGCAAAACAGGCUGGUUCUGUAAGCAGGGAAUCCAGAUUUGUGUUUAGCUGAAACAAAGCCUUGAGCAAAUCCAAGGAUGGUUUAAACCAUGAAGAGUUUAUUUCGUUUUUUUAGGACUAGAAGAGACUAGGAUUUAGCACACUAGAUUAAAUCAGCAUUUGUGGCCAGAGAGCGCCUUAUAUCUAUCCAAUAAGCGAUGUCAUGUUUAGGGUGAUUUUUACAUAUUUAUUAUGAACUCUUAUUUAUAUAAAUAGGCCAAUUAAAAGCGGAUUCUUAGUUACUGUAACGUUAAAAAAAUAAAAUGAAAAAAUCUGUUUUAAAAAGGGGGAAGGAAUAAAAAGAUGCCAAUGUUUAAAUAUACAUAAAGUAUAUAUAUACAUACAAAUACUACAAUACUACAAAAUAAAUACAAAGGGCAGUAUUUUUGCAGUUACUAACCCCAAACCAGGGGACAUACAUGAACUACUGUGUUUCAGGAGAUUAUUAAAUAAAAAGUAGUUAAUUAAGUCAGUUUGUUGGGUUCGGGUCAAUUUCAAUCUCAGUCCACUGAGGAAUACAACUGGCACUGAAUAAAAAUAUCUGAAUCCUUCGACCCCAUGCAAGUUUUGUAGUUCUUGGUUCCAUCGUGAUAUUAGAAGAUCUGCUAUCGAACACAACGUCAAUCAAGGCUUUGGUAAAACAAGAAUCAGGGAAGUUUGAGACAGUCUCUCCCACGCUGCAGAGACUGCAGAUGACCACUAGGGGUCAGCACAGAGACGUGACAGGCCCUACCAGUCCACAUCUCUUCCUCAAUGAAAUGGAAACUUGUGCAAAGGGAACGAAAUUAGAGGCACAGAGAUGGCAGAAAGUUGUUUAUUAUUAUUAUUUAGCAUUUAUCCAUAUGCCCAAAAAUUCAGAGGCACUAAAAUGGAGCAGGCUACAGGCUCUAGUGAAUGCCUAAACUGUAGAAUUUGAAACGACACAAGAGAGAAUUAUAAAUAUAUAUUUAUACAUUGUUGUCUGGGUGCGUGUGUGCAUGUUAGAGUGCCAAAUGGAAAUAUGAGAGAGAGAGACAGAGAGAGAGAGAGAGAGAGAGAGAGAGAGAGAGAGAGAGAGAGCGAGAGCGAGAGAGAGAGAGAGAGAGAGAGAGAGAGAGAAGAGGUCAGCAUUGAAACUUAACCCUCUGAGUUAGACAGGCUUGGUGAUUGAGGAUGGAAAACAAAACUAAAGAGAUCGUGAAAAUCAGAGUUUUUCACGUUUCCCGGGUAAAUAUAACUACUAUUAUAGAUAUACUAUAAAACUACUGCACUAGACGUUCUGGAGGAGGGGAAAGCUGGUGGUUUGGGUGUAAAUAUGUCGUAGCUUUUUAAACGUGUUUAUGCCAGCAUACAAAAAUAAUACUGUGCACUCUGCAUUUUACAGAAUAGUUGUUGGUAUGAUAAUCUUUAAUAUUGUUACACUGUAAUGGUGAUUUCAGAAUAUACAUUUCAGCUUUUUGCCUCCAUAUACCUAUUGUAACUGGUAUUGAUUUCUGGUACCAUGACAACCUGAUCCAAAACCAUCGUUUCCUUCUGACGUAGCUGAUCUAUGUAUGUAUUGCUCUAGAAAAUAAGACUAUCGAUGUUUUUAUAGGUUUUUAUUGUUUUCUGUUGUUGUAAAAGCUCUGUGAAAAUCAUAUUUUACCAAAUUCAGCUAAACCAAUAAAGAUACGCAACUGGA